AUGAUAUUGUUACUUGCUCUUUUCACAAGAGCCGAAGAACUGGCAUGUAAAAUUAGAGGAAGACCAGAGAGUCCAGAAUUUUAUCAAGAUGGGGAUAUCAUAAUUGGAGGCAUCUUUUCAUUUCGCAGCAGUUUAGAUGGUACUACAUACAACUAUCGAAUUAUGCCGGAACCUCCCAAAUGCAAAAACUUUAAUUUCAGAGAGUUCCAGUUUUCUCAAACUAUGAUCUUUGCCAUAGAAGAAAUAAACAGAAAUAAAGAAAUACUUCCAGAUGUCACUUUGGGCUACAAGAUUUAUAAUGCAUGCGGCUCCCUGAAUAUUUUAAGAGUAGUCAUGUCUUUAAUAAAUGGGCAUAAAGAAGUGCUUUCAGACUUUUCUUGUGUAAAACCCUCAACGGUACAAGCAAUAAUAGGCCAUUCAGCAUCAACACCAACAAUGGGAAUAGCAAGAACAGCGGGGCUUUUUGGAAUACCUGUGAUUAGUCAUUUUGCCACGUGCGCUUGUCUCAGCAAUCGAAAUGAAUUUCCCACUUUUUUUAGAACGAUACCCAGUGAUUAUUAUCAAAGUCGAGCCCUUGCAAAGCUUGUGAAGCAUUUUGGAUGGACUUGGGUUGGUACUAUUAGAAGUGACAAUGAUUAUGGGAAUUCUGGCAUGGCUACAUUUGCACAGGUGGCCCAGCAAGAAGGUGUUUGCAUUGAAUAUUCAGAAGCGUUUUUAAAAAGUGGACCAAAAGAAAAGAUUUCUCAAAUCAUUGACAUUAUAAGAAAAUCUACUUCAAAGGUGAUAGUAGCUUUCUUGUCACUUAUAGAAAUGGAAGCAUUGGUAGAAGAACUACUGCUUCAGAAUUUAACUGGCUUGCAGUGGGUAGGCAGUGAAUCUUGGAUAACAGAGAGAUCCCUUGCAGCAGGAGAUGGUUACAAAAUUCUGAAUGGGGCAAUUGGAUUUGCAGUUGGUAAAGCAACAAUUACAGGGCUUAAAGACUUUUUGCUGGCUAUUCAUCCCUCAAAUAAUUCUGGAAGCAGUUUUUUGAAAGAUUUCUGGGAGGCAGUUUUCAGUUGCUCUCUGACUUCUGAAAAAGGGGUUGAUAUUUUAAACCCUUGUACUGGGAAUGAAAAUUUAAAAGACAUAAAUAAUGAAUUUACUGAUGUUUCUGAUCUGAGGUUUUCUAAUAAUGUUUAUAAAGCUGUAUACAUGGUAGCACAUGCCCUUCAUAACCUACUUAUCUGUAAAAAUGGUUCAGGUCCAUUUGAAAACAAAACAUGUGCUCAGAAGAUGAAAAUAGAACCAUGGCAGGUUUUGCAUUAUCUGAAGUUAGUGAAUUUCACUACCAGAAAUGGAGAGAUGGUAUUUUUUGAUGAAAGAGGGGAUCCUGCAGCAAGAUAUGAACUAAUAAAUGUGCGUGCUAACAUGAGAAACUUAACUGAAUAUGUUACCGUAGGCUAUUAUGAUUCAGGUUUUCCAGAAGAAAAACAGUUUUUGAUGAAUAAUAUUAGCAUUGUUUGGGCAACCGGUCAAAAUGAGACACCAAAAUCAGUAUGUAGUAAAAGUUGUGAUCCAGGAACAAGAAAGGCAGUUAAGAAAGGAAAACCUAGCUGCUGUUUUGAUUGUAUACCAUGUGCAGAGGGGGAAUUCAGUAAUAAAACAGACUCCCUAAACUGUAACAAAUGCCCUGUGGACUACUGGUCAAAUGAAAGAAGAGACACAUGUUUCCUAAAGAAAAUUGAAUUUCUAAUGUUCAGUGAAAUUAUGGGAUCAUUACUAGUGGCUAUUUCAUUAUUUGGAGCCUGCAUAGUUACUGCUACUGCUGCCAUAUUUUACCAUUACAAAGACACUCCUGUUGUUAAAGCAAACAACUCUGAGCUAAGUUUCCUCCUUCUCUUUUCACUGGCCUUGUGUUUCCUCUGUUCUCUCACUUUCAUUGGUCAGCCUUCUGACAUUUCCUGCAUGCUACGUCACACUGCUUUUGGCAUCACAUUUGUCUUGUGCAUAUCUUGUAUUCUAGGGAAAACAAUUGUGGUAUUAAUGGCUUUUAGGGCAACUCUACCAGGUAAUAAUGUUAUGAAAUGGUUUGGACCCAAUCAGCAGCGGCUAACUGUUUUCACUUUCACAUCAAUACAAAUUGUAAUAUGUAUAAUGUGGCUGAUUAUAUCACCUCCUCUUCCUGAUAAGAAUACAAAAUACUAUAAUGAUAAAGUUAUUCUGGAAUGUGAUCUAGGAUCAUCUGUGGCAUUUUACACUGUAUUGGGGUAUAUAGGCUUACUGUCUGCCAUUUGCUUUGUUUUGGCUUUUCUUGCUCGCAAGUUGCCAGAUAACUUUAAUGAAGCAAAAUUUAUAACAUUUAGCAUGCUGAUUUUUUGUUCAGUUUGGAUAACAUUUAUUCCUGCUUACAUCAGCUCCCCAGGAAAAUACAUAGUAGCAGUGGAAGUAUUUGCUAUUCUUGUCUCCAGUUUUGGGUUGCUCUUCUGUAUUUUUGCUCCCAAGUGCUAUAUUAUAAUACUAAAACCAGAGAAAAAUACAAAAAAACAUUUAAUGGCAAAGACAAAUGUUAAAACUCACUAA